CCGCAGAAACAGCCUGCCGGGGUUCUAGAAGACACAGCGACCACGGUUCACAACCACAACAACGGCUACAGCAGCGACUCGCGAGCCCAUUAUUCCUCCUCCUAUACCCCAUUAUACGACGCCGAUCAACAAUCCCGCUUCAACCAGUCCCCCACAUUGAGUACCUACCAGCCACAACUUCCGCCGCCGUCGUCGAGACCGAGUUCCGGGUUGUCGAAUGUGCAGAAACAGUCGUCUCAAGCCGUUUCGAAGAAUAGUGUGGUGAUUAAGGUGGGAAUGGUCGGGGAUGCUCAGAUUGGGAAAACGAGUCUAAUGGUCAAAUAUGUUGAGGGGAGCUGGGAUGAGGAUUAUAUUCAAACUCUUGGUGUCAACUUUAUGGAAAAGACCAUCUCAAUUCGCAACACAGAGAUCACCUUCUCCAUCUGGGAUCUCGGUGGUCAGCGAGAAUUCGUCAACAUGCUUCCGCUUGUGUGCAACGAUGCUGUAGCUAUUCUGUUCAUGUUCGACUUGACACGGAAGAGCACAUUGAAUUCGAUCAAGGAGUGGUACCGACAGGGCCGUGGGUUUAACAAAACGGCUAUUCCCUUCCUUGUUGGAACAAAGUAUGAUCAUUUUGUCAACUUUCCCCGCGAGGACCAAGAGGAGAUUUCUAUUCAGGCCAAACGAUUUGCCAAGGCCAUGAAGGCGAGUUUGAUUUUCAGCAGCACUAGUCACAGUAUCAACGUGCAGAAGAUAUUCAAAAUCGUUUUGUCCAAGGCAUUUGACCUAAAAUGUACAAUUCCCGAGAUCGAGAAUGUCGGCGAACCGCUGCUCCUGUACAAAAACGUUUGAACGAGGAGAUGAGGAGUUUGUGUAUUAGAAUAUGUGAUGCUAAUGACUGCUCACCAUCUUCCUCGACUGGAGGAUGCCUACGGAAGACCCUAUCAUUAGGAAAUUCCCUGCUGCUUCUUCUUUCUGCUAUUCUUUAUUUUCUCAGCAUUGGGCUGCGUUUGGGAUUUCUUCGUGUCUUAUACUUAUCGCUUAUUUUUUUGUUCCCUUCUACUGUAAUUUUCAUUGUUGUUCACUUCCAGAUCGUGGAAAUACUGAACUGAAGUGCUGGAUAUUGGAGUUCGGUUUUGAAUCUUUCUCUGGUCUUUCUAAUACAACUGAAUAGAUGCUUCUCCACUAGACCCAUUUAUACCUCUAAAUGCCAAGCCUUCUGACUCAGC